CCAUCCAGAGGUGUGUCGGGGGGGAGAGAGGAAACCCCAUCCCUUGCCAAAAAGCAGGGCCCGAUUUCUUGCCCUGCAUCUGGACUUUUUGCAGGACCCCCAGCUGAAAUGGCUGAAAUUCUCUGCCCUCAGCCUCAAUUGCAGCAACAGGAGAGCAUCUACCACUGGCUGCCCACCAGGGAGGAAGAGCCCACCAAGCCACCGUUAAGGUACAUCUCCACCUUCCGGUCCUUCGUCCAGCAGGAGAUGGAAGAGAAGAGGAAGGCGCCAUGCCAAACCAUGGGCAUCCCGAAGCUGCAAGUGCCCAGCCCGAAGGAGUAUCUCCGGAAACACUCCAAGGAGCAGAGGGUCCCCAAAUGCACGCACGAGCGUGAAAAGAGGCUCCCCGGCAAAGCCCCGUUGCCUGCGCAGUCCGACCGGCCGCUUAUGGGCAUCCAGAGCGAGAAGAACUUCAUCACGGCCAACGUGGCCGAGGCCAUCAUGGCUGUGGCCAAGAAGCCCCUCCACGCCUGCGUGGACCAGCGGAGGGGAGACAAGUUCCUGCUGGACGGAUCCGGACUGGUUCAAAGGUUCCUCAAGAAGAAGGACUUCGGGGUGACCCCCAAAUACAUCCAAAGGCGGAAGAAAGAAGCUGUGGAUGUGCGCAAAGAACGGGUGGCUGCUCGGCGGGAGUGCCUGCAGAAGAGACGGCUGACCCGCCUCUCCUCCCGUGAACGGGAGAACAUCUUGGAUGGUCUGAAGAACAACUGGGAGGAGAUCAACAAGGACUUCCAGAGCCUCUCCGUGGAGAUCACCACCAUCCCGCAGAGGCUCCGCAAGGAGAAGUUGGAGACUGAGAUGAAACAGCUGGAACAUGACAUCAGCGCACUGGAGAAACAUCGGUUUAUCUACAUUGCUGGCGAAUAAGGGAGGGAGUCUGGGCCGAGGAGGAGUGGGCUGCCUUGGGAUCACCUCCCAUGGUUUCUUUGUUUCCCCAGAUUGGGAGGGGCUCGACACCUGGCGGACAGCCCCCCCCCCCAGCUUUUGGUGGGUCCAUCACUUCUCCCAAUGGGUUUCCAGUUGCUGUGGUUGGGUUGGGCAGCUGCCCAGUGGGGACAUUCAAAUUUCUCCCUUACCGGUUCUGUGGGCGUGGCUUAGUGGGGGGGUUUUCCUGUGAUUGAGUGGGCGUGGCCAACUCAAUGUCAUUCACAGCCACGGCCACUCAGUCACAUGACCCCCACCCACCAAGCCACGCCCACAGAACCCGGUAGGAGAAAAUGUGUGUAUGAGCACCAGAAGGGCUGAUAGUGAAUGCUGCGGCAGAGAGAAGCUGAUUUUUUCUCCAUUCAUUCACAACGGAGCUGCUUCUCCCUUUAUGCCCCUCCCCCCCCCGGCCUCCUCCCUCCCGGGAACUACCUUAAAGGGACAGGCUGCUGCAGCUCCGCUGUGAAUGGACAGAGAAAAGUUUGGAUUCUCUCUGCUGCAGCAUUUAACGUUGAAUGGGGCAAGCGGCCAGAAGGGGUGAGUGGCGACCAGGCAAGCAUGGGAAGGCCCAACCAGGGGUGGUUUUUACUUGUUCGGCAAACUGAUUCAAAUCAUCUCUACCGGUUCGCCCAAGCCGGUCCAAGCUGGUUGAAUUUCACCCCUGGAGCUGCCAGACCCGAAAGGGCUCCGAUUCCCCACCACCACAGUCAGGCACAAUCCUGGGCGAGAUCUCUUCUCCCCCUCCCCCUCCCCCACAACCAGUGCAUCCUCGGGGGAGGAGAAGCAUGAGAAGUUGCUACUAGUUUUUAAGAUGUGUUUGCCGAAGUUGUGCAAACAUUCUUCCUUGAGUUUUGCGAAUUUUUCAAAGUUUUACAAAGGUUCUACUUGAGUUUUACAAAGUGGUUGAAGUUGUAAAAUGGUUCUUUCUUUUAAAUAAAGCGCAUUAUUGCCCUCUGUUA